GCAGUCUGCAGGCCACGAGGGCUUUGAUGGUGGCUUCAAUACUCCUGGGGCUUGUCGGUGUGUUUGUUGCUGUGACUGGCAUGAAAUGCAUGAAGUGCAUGGAAGAUGACCAGGUGAAGAAGAUGCGGAUGGCUGUCUUUGGUGGGGUGAUCUUCAUCAUUUCAGGUCUGGCAGCACUGGUGGCCACAUCCUGGUAUGGCAACAGAGUGGCUCGGGCCUUUUAUGACCCUUUCACCCCUGUCAACACCAGAUUUGAGUUUGGGUCAGCUCUCUUCAUUGGCUGGGCAGCUGCAUCUCUGGCCAUACUGGGGGGAUCCUUCCUCUGCUGUUCCUGUCCACGGAGAGAAACUUCAUAUCCACCCACCCGGGGCUACCCAAAAAAUGCCUCCUCCACAGGGAAGGAUUAUGUAUAAUGAAACAAAGAAGAAGAGCCAACAGCAUCAGUAGUGAAAGCAUUUUGGAGAGGACACUACAAUGCCACUGUCCUGAGCAGAGUCCAGGCUCUAGGUUCUGCCUUCCUCUUCUCCCAAAAAUGUGUAUAUUUUUGUAAUCCUCUUUGCUACUGGACAUAACUUCUCCUUUCUCUCCCAGCCCAUGGAGGAAGGCUAGCCUAGGUUCAUAGGUAUUGCCACUGGAAAGAUGAAACCUCCAAGCUUGGGUUAAAUUUAGUAUUUGGGAGUAAAAGGGAAAAUGAUACUGUUUUUAUAGAUGGAUGUUGGUGCUUUUUUAGUUGUUUUUUUUAAGGAAAACAAAUAGAUGGUAACAAUUCAGUCCCAUAUCCCAUUAAGUUAGAGCCCAGUGUGGUGUGUGUAGAAAUCAAAGGAUCAUAUAUUAUAUACAAAAUGAUGAAACCAAUAGCUUAUGGGGAAACAUAAUUUUGGGGAAAAGACUUUACAUGUAGGAAUGUUUGAAGAGAUGUAAAAUGCUCUUGUACUGUCUUAUUGGCAUCAUCUUCAGCACCUUCCUUUCUGUGCAGGCACAAUUAAAUUGCUGUGAUUUAAACAGAAAUCCAUAACUGUCCAUGCAUGUGGUGUUGGCCAACAGAAGAUGCAGUGUAAGGUAGUGACUGCAGAAGUUAUCAGACUCCCAAAGCAGCUGCAGGUUUCCCUGGUACCAGGGAAGAGCUCAAGAAAAACGAUUGCCUUCUGUUUUCACUGUGUCACUGGUGGGGCUGUGGCUGUUCUUUAGUCACCAAGUGCUGCCAGUGAUUGUUUCUCCAUGUUCCCACCCUGGUAUCUGAGCUUGAAGCUU